AUGAUGGAGAUUAUCAUGGGCGAGUUCCAGACUGCCACCGUCAUCAUGGUCUCCCAUCGACUCGGCGUUGUCGUGGACAUGUUUAAUCGGGUGCUCAUAAUGGACAAGGGCCAGCUGGUCGAGGACGGAGCACCGCGCACUCUGGCAAAGACGGACGGAAGCUGGUUUGCACAGCUGUUGAAAUCGGCCAAGGAGCACUAG